UGCACGUCGACUGCACGUCGUUUGUUGGGGGAGGGAGCAGUGUUAAGUUGGAAAGAUUGGAGGCGGAGCAGGCGUGAACUUGUUGCCGAUUGACAUUAGUUGAAUAUUUUAAUUUUAUUAUUUUUGUCAAGCCUCUUCCUGUUUUCUCUGUGUAAUUGAAGCAUUCUACGUCGUCUCAUUCUAUUGGAAAGAAAAACAGGAAAAUAGUGGCAGAAUAUUCAGUGAAUAGUGAAAUCGUGCUCUUCGACAUGGCUGCGUUUGCAAAUCGAAAACGUAAGAUAAACGUUCGUUCCAGCAGUUCAUGUAGCAGCGAUAUAUCAACUGAAAAUGGCAUAGAAACGGAUUAUAUAUCAGAGAAUUCAAACAGCGAUAUGGAAACUUUGAAUAAAUGUGAUAAUGCAGGGAAAAGAAGCUUAUUUGACACGGAAGGCAAUUCUAGAUUUUCUCAGUGUAAUGUCGUGAAAAAAGAAUUCAUUUUAAAUGUAGAGAACCUAAAACAAAGAUAUAAUGGAGAUGAAAUGGAAUCAUAUUCAAUGCCCCGAAAGCGGGCGAAAUGCCUUUCCAAAAACGCUUUAAUGGCUCGUGCAAAUCGCAUCAAGAAAAAACAAUAUUUGGAGGAUCUAGAGAAGAAACUUGAAGAAUUAACCGAAGAAAAUGAAAAACUAAAAGAACAGGUUAAAAUAAAUGAUGAGAUUGCUCUAAAGCAAAGUGAAGAAAUAAAGUAUUUAAAAGGUGUUCUUGCUAAUACCCCUGAAAUAAGUAGGCUGCUGAAGUGUGUAAGGCAGAAAUCAAGUCUUCCUGUGACAUCCUCAAUUAAUAAAUUUGUUGACACACGUACAUCCAAAGAACUGUCAUUUGACUCUGAUGACCCUCUUUUAACAAGUUGCGACUUGGAUGCCUUCAAAGAAUUACCAGAUACAGACCUUUUGAUGCAGGACCUUUCUGAUAAGACUUUAGAUGUAUUGGAGGGAAGUUCAUCUGCUGAUGUUGGCAUAUGCUUGCAUGUUGCUCAACAGAGGGUCUCAUUAGAAUUUUGUCCUACAUGCAGUAUUAAUGCUACAGCAGCAUGGCAAGAAAGUACUGGCUGAACAUCAAAGCUGCAGGAACUUGUUUGCACUUUCUUGGAUUGUAUUAGUAUGAAGAGUACUUGUACCUACAGUGUUGUGUGUGAAACUUGGUCGGUAUCUAAAAUGUGUAUGAAACACUUUUGUGAGCAAUUGCCAAAGGCAAUUUAAAUGUGACUUGGGAUUGGAAGGAUUGCAGAUUCCUCCUUCCAAAACAAGACAUUAUAAGUCUUGCUGUGUUCGCCUGCACGGUGUCUCGCCUUAAGCAGUGGUAGAGUAUUGAAAAGUGUCAAAUGCGGACGUCGGUGAGUCAGUUGGAGGGAGAUGGUAGGUUUAAGCACCCGGAACUGGGUUGCAAGGUGAGAUUGGGUCGGCAAUUAUGUUUUGGAUGUGAUUCACGUAAUCUUGAGUUAUAGGUGGAUUGAUCUGGAUCCGGCGUUUUUAGCGAAAGGGAACCGAAGAUAGUUGUGUUAAUUUUAUUGUAUUAUACUUAUAAACAGAUUGUUAAAAUAAAAUGAUUUUGUUAACAAUGACUUUUUAUUUCUAACCCAUCCUUGACCUACAGCGUAAUAGUAAACAUUUUCUGAAGUCUCGUUGGAAAUCUGUAACUUAUCUAAUAUGGCGGUCAGCAUAGUGGCCAACGUAACUUCGACGUUAGUCAUAAAUGGAAUUAGUUGGUGUAGUGUUUAAGUUUCGGUGUAUUUUGAGCGAUGAAUGUCGUUGAGGCAUUAGCUGUAUAAAUAUGUAUGUGGAAUAUUAUUCAUAUUAGUCUAAUGGAAGAUGCCGGUUAGUUGUGGGGAGGGGGUUUGUUGUGACAAGUCAUGAACUUGGUUUGGCGUGCGUGCUUCGCGAAUAAUGCAGUAACGUGAUACGAUAUUCCGUAUGAAAAUUAAACUGAAUACAUUUCUUUGAGUUCUGAUUUGUUCGGUAUUGAACCAGUAUACUUUCAAGAUGGAUUAUAUUGGAGCCGAAGUUAGUCAUAAAAUCAGGUCAGCUAUCAAAGCAAAACUAAUGGAAUUAGGUGCUUACGUAGAUGAAGAGUUGCCAGAUUAUAUUAUGGUAAUGGUUGCCAACAAACGAGCCAAAGCUCAAAUGGAUGGAGAUCUUCAGCUUUUCCUAGGAAGUAAUACUUCACAUUUCACUUCAUGGUUAUACCAAGUACUGCAAAAAUUGCAAGAAGUAACUGUAGGAAAUGCAGACAAGAAGUCUUCUAAAAUUAGUUCUGUGAUGAAAGACUCUAGUUCAGUCAAAAGAAAGUCAACAGUAGUUGAUAGCGACAGCCACAGAAAAGAGAAACGCCGAAAAUCAUCUGACACCAAAAAAUCAAAGAAAGUUGAUCUAGAAAUUGUAAAGGACUCGAAGAAGGUCUCGGAUUCUGGAUUGAAAUCGUCAGCAAAAUUAUCCGACACAGACAAGUAUUCACGUUCACAUAAUCCAAAAGAGUUUGUGAGUUCAUCAAGAUCAGAGAAUAGUGAAAGUGUAGUGUCGAGUAGUGCUGAUAGCAAGACGAAUAAAAAACUGUUGCUAAAAGAAAAAGUUGAGAAGGGUGUAGACUCUGAUAACGCAAAAAGAAAUUCCCUAAAGUCAUCUUUGUCCAAUGGUAGUAGUAAAUCAGAGGAAAAAAAUUAUCUCUCACGUUUACGUGCUGAAGCUUUGCGAUCUCGUGAUGAGAGAAUAGGAAAAUUGCCAGGAGCAUCGGAUGAACUUAGGUCAUUAGUGUCAUCUAAAGAAGAAAAUGAAGUGAAGGGAGGGGGUAAAACAGGUUAUGCUCAACCCCUCCAAAGAAACAAAAUUGUUCUUAUGCACAGUGAUGAUGAAGAUGAUGAUGAAGACUUCAUUAAUAUUAAAGCUGAUGCAGAAGCUGAACAACUGCUGAAAGAAGAGCUGCCUCGUGAAGUGUUGGAAACCAAUGUGAGCACUCCAGAGACAACACCAGCACUAACAGAACCUGUGGAAAGUCAAAAGAAGAUUCCUGAAGGGCCGGCGCCCCCACUCCCAGAGCUGCCAACAAUCCCACUGAAAGAGAAUCUGGUUCCGAAGAGGCCAUUUGCAAAAGAAAUGCCUGUUGCACCUAACCAGCAACCUGACCCUGUCUCCACAUCUCUGCCUCCUGUUCCUUUAAAUCUGCCUGCUGUUCCUGUUUCCAGCAGGUUGGUGCGCAAGAGAAUUGCGGAUUCAGAAGCAGAAGCGGCUGAUUCAAAAAUUACUAAGAACGAAGAAAAACCUGUAGCAACUGCCGUAAGCGUCAAAGAUAGAUUGGGAGUUAAAAAGACAGGUACAGUAGCUUCAGUGAAAGAAGCAAAGAUUGUUACCAGACUUGGAGCAAGACCUGUUACAUCCGGCCAAAGAGCAUGCAUUGCUCAGCUGGAAUCAGACAGUGUUUCCAAAACGGUGAACAAGAGGGCACCUCCAAGCAGCCUUUUAUCUCGUGUGGUUAUGCUGCACGAUCGAUCUCGACCAGAAAACCAAGAGCGCUUAUCAGAAGGAAGAAGCGUGAAGCGAAGCGGGGACAAGGAACCUGAGGAGGAAGAGGAGGAGUACGAUCCGAGUAACCCUGCGGUCGGUACCGUGGCUUCAAUUGUCCGUGUGAAACCAAGGCCCAAGCUGCCAGCGUCCCUGCAGGCCAACAAAAAUCUCAUUCUCAAGGCUGUGGCAGAAGCACAGAAGUCGAGAACAAAUGCUGGUUUUGUCAGAAAACUGGAAAACAACGUUGGCGUCACUCUGCCUAAUCGGCAUUUACAAUCCUAUAAACAGGAAGAAGAAGAAGACGACGAUGUAGAUGAAGACAUCAAGCCUGAUUCCACUCGCCAUGUCUCCAGCGGAAAUGGUCAUGACAAGAUUAUCAUCAAAGUGUCCUCCACUAAACCAGAGAAAGGUCAACAAUACAUGCCCAACACUGAAGAGAUGUCCGAUGAUGAAAGUGGAGCAAACAUCCUUCAGUAUCAAGAGGAAUGUGCUGCCACAGAAGGUGCGGACGCAGUGGGUAGUGGGCGAGCAGUGUACCCACCAGUCGGACUAGCCUCAAGGAUGCCCCGCGAGAGCCCCCAGUUUCUGGUAACAUUGGAUGGACUGGAUCCAAAUAUGUUUGGCUCAAGAUCCACAUCUCUCGAUGAACAAGCUACUAACAAAGAAGAUUUUGAUUUGGAAAACGUUGAAUCAUCUGUAAAUGUGGAAAGCGAUACUCCGAAGAAGGCAAAAACUCCCAUUGUGUAUAAAGUAGAAUCUACUGUGGAGGAUGCAAAUGAUUCUAGCACUUUGCCCAAAAGUUUGGAACGCUGUAAAUACUGGCCAUCGUGCCGCCUAGGAGCAAAGUGUAAUUUUCAUCAUCCAGUUUCUCCCUGCAAGACCUUUCCAAAGUGCCCAUUUGGUGACAAAUGCUUGUACAUUCAUCCAUUUUGCAAGUUCAAUUCUGCUUGUACUCGGAGGGACUGCCCGUUUGUUCAUGCCGCUCCGAGAACUUUGAUUUCUCCUGUGCCUCGGCCCACAUUACUGCCGAAGAAUACUUUUGCCCCAAUUUGCCGUUAUUUCCCUAAGUGCAGUAAUCUUAGUUGUAAGUUCCUUCAUCCAAAGGCCUGCAGAUAUGGAAAGUUUUGUUCCAAGCAAGAUUGUAACUUUAUUCAUCAAGACCUUCCAUCUGUGGACAAAUUAAAAUGGACUAGCCCAUUCAAAGUAUAAGUAGAAAGUUGUAUUCUUGAAUAUGAAAUUUUGUUAUUCUAGAUCCUUGAACCAAAGACUAGUUGAGUGUUUUGAGAGCAUCAGUUAACUAACUGACUAGUUGGCUGUAAUAUGUCUGACAUUGAAGAUUGUUUUAAUUUUGUGAGAAGGUGUGUAAUCUACAUCAUUUUGCAUAAAAAUUAAAUUUAUUAAUUUUUUGUGUGCAACAAAAUUGAUCAAUUAAAUUGUAAAAUGAUAAUUUUGAUGGAGAAUUUGGUAUCAAAUGUUAUCAAUCAUUGUAAUCAAUUCCCGUCUGUUUCUAAGGGUUCUCAUCUUUCAUUUGGAAUUGUAUAUAGUUUAAUAUGUUAUGAGCUCCCUUGAUGUUUUAUUACAAAGAAUAUUUAUGUAAUUACAUAGUGUAUGUGUUGUAUUAAUUUGAAUUAUCAGUGUUGAUAUAAAAUAGGUUUUUUACAGAAACUGUGUUGUAUUUGAUCUUCAGUUCAUUGUACUGUUGCAGAGUCAUCAGUACAGAUAUGAUAAUAAUUCAUAAAUAAGCAAAACAAUGUAUUGAGUGCCUGUAUUUCAGUAUUUACAAAGGUAUUUCCUAAAUUGGCACUUUUGAAAUAUUUAAAUUUAAAUGCUAGAUACAUUCACGGACAACAUGUUUACUAUGUCCUUUUUGCACAUAUAUUGCUGUGAAGUAACUGCAAUUCUGUUUUGAUGCUUCACAAUCUUUUUGUUACAUUGUUAUGAGUUUUCUAAUGAAAAUAAGCUUAUAUCAUUCUUCAUUUUCAAAUAGUAAUCAUAAUAAUGCUUCUCAAAUGGGAAUUUUGGGAAGCUUGAAUAUAAAUUGUAGUACGUCUUAUUUGGGGCUCGUAUGUUUUGUAAACUUUUCUUCAGUCAGCUUCUUUAGAUUCACAGGUAUAGUGUUAAUUUAUGUGAAGCAAUGUUUACUUGUCUGCACAGAUAUGUUCAUUAGUUGUUCUGAAAUGAAUCUAGAGCUAAAGUUUAACAGUGCAAUGUUUGAAAAGUAGAGUCGAGAAAUGAACAAAUAAAACAUCUACA